AUGAAUGUAGAGGCAUGCGCAAGAUUCACCCAUCAAAUCAAGCACGAUGUCGACUACGCUCAAACCCUCCUCACUCAGUCGAGAGAUUUGGUUCGAAAGAAUGAGGAAAUGCUCAUCUGGAUUUGCGGCACAAUGUCCGAAAUCCAGAACAAUCUUGCAAAGUUCAACGGCUGUAUCCCGAACAAGAAUGAUGUAGGCGCAACUCUGAAGGGAAAUAAGAGAGAGCGGGCAGAGCAGAGUCAGGUUCUUAGAGCUAACCAUUCUUCUCUCAUGGCUGCUAUUAAUGUCAUGCACCAGCUCAGGCUGACGCAGAAGCAGAAGCCAGCAUUGAGAAGCAGCAUGCCUCCGUCAGACUAG